AUGAGCUACGAAGCCGACAACAAGUAUGUUAAGAUUAAUACAUCGAAUAAGAAGGGCGAUGAUGGGUUGGAGACUUGGAUGAUUCGGGUUAAAACAGAGGACGAGAAGAAGCUCACCCUCGAAGAGACGGUCCCCUCCCUCGCCUCAAAUCACGAGGACAGCAAGCGAGAAAGAAGAGGACUAUUCUUCGCUCUGUCGGGCCCUACUCAGCAACGCGAGCAGGAGACUGAGGAAGAGAUUUGA